CCUGCCCCUCUCGUCGUUCUUCCAUCAGCGAACCACCCGCGGUCCAAACCCCGCGAGUGAACCCCCAGCGCAAUCCACAAUCCACAAUGGUCGCGGCGGGAGAUCCGGAAUCCUUCUUCGCCACCUCGCCCCCGCUGCGCGACGCCAGCGCUAUCGCCGCCAACCUGCAGGAGUUCGUUGCCCGCAAUUCGCACGCCUCAUCAGAGGGCGGCGGGCGGCGGCGGAUCGUUUGCGUCACGUCGGGCGGGACGACGGUGCCGCUGGAGCAGCGAUGCGUGCGCUACAUCGACAACUUCAGCUCCGGCCACCGCGGCGCCGCGUCCACCGAGUAUUUCUUAAAGGCUGGCUAUGCGGUCAUUUUCGUCCAUCGGCGAGGGAGUUGCCAACCUUUCUCUAGGUUCCUGCCUGAUGAUUCAUUUCUCCAGUUCUUUGAUGUCACAACAGAUUUGAAGGUUCAAGUGGUCGAGUCCCAAGCAACAGUGGUAAAGAAAGCAAUUGGGGAUUAUCGCAAGGCUAUUGAAGGAGGCUCGCUGCUGAAACUCCCAUUCACUACGAUAUUUGAAUAUCUUCAGUUACUGAAGAUGGUGGCUACAUCUAUGAGUUCUGUGGGUCUCCACGGGAUGUUCUAUCUCGCUGCAGCUGUGUCUGACUUUUAUGUUCCAUGGGAUAGCAUGGAAAAACAUAAGAUUCAGUCAGCCGGAGGCCCACUGGAUAUGAAGCUCAGUCAAGUUCCAAAAAUGCUUUCAGUUCUGCGAAACCAAUGGGCCCCGUUGGCCUUCUGUAUAUCCUUCAAGCUGGAGACGGAUUCAGAUAUUCUAGUUCAGAAAGCAGAAAUGGCUCUAAACAAGUACAGGAUGAACGUUGUUGUGGCCAAUCUUCUUGCAACGUACAAAGAGGAGGUCGUCAUUAUCUCAAAUGGCGAAAGCAAUACCAUUCGAAGGUGCAACAAAGAUGAGGAUCUGGAGGAGCAUAUAAUCAAGCUCCUAGAGAAGAGCCACUCAAAAUAUAUUUAUAGUAGCACAGAAGGGCGCAAUAAGAAUGAUUACGGAAAGGUUAUACCGUUAGGCAUCAAGAGUCUGGCAUGAGGGAAACACUGAUUGAUUCUGGAACUCAAAAUAACAAGAGAGCUCUGCCAUCAACUAUGAGAAACCACUAUACAUGUAAUUUUUUUUAACGACUCUAUACAUGUAAUUUGUACCUUUGCUGGUAUGUAUAUGUAAGCAGCACUGUUAUAAUUGUUCUCUCUCUCUCAAACACACCACCAGAAAAGAUGGUCCAAAGUUAAAUGUAUCAUUUGCUAUUCACUUAUUGAUUAAAGGCUUUGUAAUCAGAAAUA